CAUAACUGACGAAGAAGCUGUAAAGGCCAGCGCCAAGCAUAUUGAAGAUAUCGACGGCAAGCUCGAUAUCCUCGUCAACAAUGCCGGAUUCGCCGGCUCCCUUCGCGACCCAGACUUUACCACCAAGAAGGACGCGGCUAUAGAUCCUCUCGAACCCGAGACCAUACAGAACUGGACCGACAUCUUCGCACUGAACACCAUCGCUCCAUUCUUCGUCGUGCGCGCCUUCCAAUCCCUCCUCAUCAAGGGAGCCCAUUCCCGCCCCCAAGGCACCUCAAGCAUCAUCAACAUCAGCAGCAUUGCGGCAAGACUCAACACACCGGGGCCGGGAAUGGCUUAUGGUGCGACGAAAGCAGCGUUAGACAAACUGACCCUUGUUCUCGGGACGAGUUUUGCUGGGAGAGGUAUCCCGAUUCGGGUGAACGCAGUGCACCCUGGCGCGUUUGAGUCGCAAUUGGUAGGUCCCGAGAUUUUGGAGAUGAUCAUGGCGGAGCCUGCACCUGGUACUGCGGCGCAGGUGCCUGCUAGGAGGCCUGGAUCUGAUGCAGAGAUUGGGACGACGGCGAUCUACCUGGCAGUAUCGGAUUAUACCAACGGGGCGGUUUUGUGUGUUGAUGGCGGAAUAUCGCUGGUAAAUCCUUGAAUGUUUUGUUGUUUUACAAAAAAUUUCCCCCCUUGACGUUAUGAUAUCAUGGUGUUCCCGUCUAAAGACUGACUUGGUUUCGAUGACCCCAAGCAGUGUAAUUUUAAACAAGCAGACCAUACGAGAUAUUCUGUGGAAAGCAACGAGAGGAGACCAAAGGAACUCGUACUAACCCAUAGACGGAGAGAAGGAAUGGUGAUUGCAAGUGGGUCUUUCAGGAUGAAGCUUGAAGCUGGAGGUUUGUA